UUUUCACGAUAACCCCAGAGACAGUAGAAAAGUGCUCUAUUUCAGCCAGACAUUCCGGAAUUGCCAGUUCAUUCUGUGAAAAUGUCGAAGCCAAUGAUGUUAACGACAAUUCUGCUAUUAGCUGCUCUCACUCCAAUCACUUUGAGUACUUCUGCAGCUGAUCCUUUAUCAAACAAUGAAACAUCUUUACCAGGAAUUCUCGGUGCUACACCAGAUGGUAGCCAAAACCAACGAGAAGUACCAGCGGCAUCAAUCCCCCCGGCAGCACGCUACGCUAUCCUCCAAGUCCUCAAUCAGACGAAGGAUAUUCUAUCUCAGAUGUUGGAUGUCGUAGGAAGACUCUUAUCACGAUUGAUAUACCCUCUUCCAAUUAUCCUGAAGGAUCUGUUGGCGCCAAUUAUUUUCCUCCUAAAAGCUGCCUUGUUACUCGUUAGAAAUAUUGUCCAUGUACUGCUUGAAGAAGUAUUCAGAGAUGUCAUUUCACCCGCUCUGAAGGCCAUCGGAAGAGAUGACAUCAACUUGGCGUUGACGGAUGUAUCAGAUGCAGCUGAUAAUCUGACGAGCAAAGUGUUAUGUUUGCUGGGUCGACUGCUCAAUUCCUAUGGAGUCAACUCAGAUUGCGACGAUAGCAAGCCUAGGGCUUUGGAUUCUGCUGAUAUCCUCAAAUUUUUUGAUAACAAUUAUUCUUCACUGUAACUUCCAUGCAGAGAACGAGUACGUAAUGCGGCAUACGUCUGCUGUAGCGAUCUUUCAGUUAACAAUUCAGCAGCGAAGUGGUCAAACGGUUCAAGUCAAUUUUGGCUAUUGGCCAGUUUUUAAUGAAUAACUCGAAAUC